UCAUCUAUGAACACCACGCUGCCUUCAAAUAGUGCCUGGUCAUCCAUUCGUGCCUCCAAUGCCUACAAUGUCUCCCACAGCAGUACCGCACAAAGCACUUCAGUUAGAAACAGCGAUCCUAAACCUACUUGGUCACCUGGUUCCGUCAAUAACACAUCCUUGGCUCAUGAGCUGUGGAAAGUCCCCCUGCCAUCUAAAAAAUAUCAGUGCACCGUCCAGACCUCCCCCAGGGCUUACUGGUCAGAAGCCACCCGUUUCCGCUUGGGAUAACAACUCCCUGCGCCUUGGUGGCGGUUGGGGAGCUUCUGACUCAAGAUACACACCAGGUUCUACUUGGAGUGAAAGCAGCUCAGGGAGAAUAACAAAUUGGCUUGUUUUGAAAAACCUAACACCUCAAAUUGAUGGCUCUACUCUGCGCACUCUUUGUAUGCAGCACGGCCCUCUGAUUACAUUCCACCUGAACCUGCCCCAUGGUACUGCCCUGGUCCGUUACAGUUCCAAGGAAGAGGUAGUAAAGGCACAAAAGUCUCUGCACAUGUGUGUUUUAGGGAACACUACUAUCCUUGCCGAGUUUGCCAGUGAAGAGGAGAUAAGUCGUUUCUUUGCACAAGGCCAGUCCAUGACCCCUUCCCCUGGCUGGCAGUCCCUGGGCUCUGGUCACACCCGUCUAGGAUCUUUGGAUAGCCCUCAUAGCAUCUCAAACCGCGGAGAUAUCAAUCACUGGAACAACCCAGGGGCUUCUGGCUCUAGCUCUGGAGACCUCCAUGGCACUUCUCUCUGGGGCACCCCAAACUAUUCCACAAGCCUGUGGGGCAACCCUGCCGGCGAGGGCAGGGGUCUGAGCAGCCCAUCGUCUGUCAGCGCUUUCCUCCCCAUCGAUCACUUAAAUGGAGAGCCCAUGUAG